AUGGAUGAUGGCUUCGACACCAAAUCGGAAGUGCACCAGGUACAUAGUCAGAUGCACAUGAGAGAGGCGAAGCCAUACAAAUGUACGCACUGCAUCAAAUCUUUCGCGAAUAGUUCGUACCUGUCGCAGCACAUGAGGAUACAUCUUGGUAUAAAGCCCUUCGGACCCUGCCAGUACUGCGGUAAAAAGUUCACGCAACUAUCACACUUGCAACAACACAUCAGAACGCAUACUGGUGAGAAACCAUACAAAUGCAAAUUUCAAGGCUGCGAAAAAGCGUUUAGUCAACUAUCAAAUUUGCAAUCACAUUCAAGAUGUCACCAGUCCGACAAACCAUUCAAGUGCAAUAGCUGUUAUAAAUGCUUCACGGAUGAACAAGCGUUGUUGGAACAUAUACCAAAGCACAAGGAAUCGAAGCACUUAAAGGUGCACAUCUGCCCAUACUGUGGCAAAUCCUACACGCAACAAACUUACCUUGCAAAGCAUAUGACUAAGCAUGCUGACAGGAGAAAUAUAAGCAAUUUUAUGGAAGGCUUGGAAGGCUUGAAUGCAUGGAGAAAUGAAGCAGCCGCAGCAACAUCUGCGCCCACGAUGGCAGCCGCGGCACAUGGCAUUUCGGAUCUAGCUUCCGUGACACAACCACAAAUAGACUUUAGUCACUUCAACGCAGGGAUACCAGCUUCAGUGCUCUCGGCUGCCAAUCAGUCAGCCGCAGUAGUUGCGACCAGCUCCGUAACAAGUGCAGCAGCAGCAUGUAGCUAUCCGAGUGCGGCCUCAACGGCCACUGCAAAUCAGAUGAUGGUCAACGACCCCUCCGCUUUUCGUCUUAAUAUGGCUGCUUUUGGCAGGACACUGAGCACAAACAGAUCCUAUUUCCCUUUCGACAAUACAGCAUUCAAGUCAGAAGCACCUAGGCCGGCAGGGUUCAACAUGAUAACACCACUGGAGAAAAUCCAGUGUUACACGCAGCAAACAUCCUCAACAUCCGCUGUUCAGGACCAGCAGUUCCAGAAUACGAUGCUCAAUUACAAAUAA